AUGAUUAGAGAAGACGAGCAACAACGACUUGGAGUUUGGUUGGACGACGAUGAAGAGUCUGGAGGUGAGAAUGAGGAGUUUCAAGAAGAAGAAGAAGGACAACCUCCAGGAGAAGAGCAAUCAACAGUGAAUGGAGUUGCGCAUAUCCGCAGAAUGACCCUGGAGGAGUUCAACAAUGGCAUGGAGGAAAGUGGAGAAUCUGAGAUGGAAGAGAUCGAGGGUGAAGUCGAUCCUGGAGCUGAAGCUGGUGGUGAUCGUGAAUGCAAAAUGGAGCAAGAACAAAAAGAAGAGGAAAGCGACGAUGACAUGGAGACGGACUAUGGCUCGGUCGGCAUGGUGGACGAGGACUUCAGCGUCUUUGAGGAGCUCGAGCCGAUUGAGUAUGACGACUUAACACGCAAACCAAGCCGUCAAGGCAGGUUGGACGCGACUGGCUCUGAGAGGUCGGAAGACCUGGGGCAGGGACGAACGGCCAGGGUCAUCAGAAGCGUUCCAGAACUUCGCCACGGCAAGGAAGUGACCUGGCACUUUCACAGUUGA